UUGGUAGUAGUCAAUAAGAAAGAGAAAUUCAGAUCUACAAAUAAUUGGUUUUUUGUGAUCACAAUGCCACAGUUUGGAAGAUAGUUGCAAAGACAUGGGGAAAACAAGCAAAUGGUUCAAGAAUUUGUUGGCCGGAAAAAAAGACAAACACACCAUCAAUGAAACCCCAACACCACCCACCGGUGCACCAUCAACCCCUAAAGAGAAGCGUAGAUGGAGCUUCCGGCGGUCGUCGGCCUCCGCCAAUGCACCCACGACCACCACCAACUCCAUAGACUUGAUAUCCACCACACCGCCCUCAUCGGUGCAUGAACCAGAGGAUUACGAGCAAAAGAAGCAUGCUAUGGAUGUGGCAAUUGCCAAUGCAACCGCUGCAAAUACAGCGGUUACAGCAGCGGCUGCAGCAGUUCAGAAUGCAGCCGCUACAAAAAUUCAAUCAGUUUUUAAGUCUUACUUAGCAAGAAAGGCUUUGUUUGCUUUGAAAGGACUAGUGAAGUUACAAGCGUUGGUGAGGGGUCACUUGGUGCGCAAACGAGCCACUGCGACGCUGCGGUGUAUGCAGGCGUUAGUCUCGGUUCAGGCCCGAGCUUGCGCUCGUAGAAGGCGUAGUAAUGAUGAAAUAGGUUCUUAUUACGGCUGGCCAGAGUCUGAAUUCUAUCAUGGUAUCAGAGAUCAGGACAUGUCAGAAGAACAUAUCAAGAUUGUUGAAGUGGACACUAGAAGUACAAGAAAAAGCCAUUCUAGAGAACGAGUGUCGAUGCCCGUCUCGCCAGCACCAUCGGAACCAAGCCCGAGGGGUUACGGUCGCCAUUAUGACGACUUUUCGUACGUAGCCGCCCAAAGUAGCCCGGCCUCGAAGCCCAAAUAUGCUGAAUCAGUCUAUGAGUUCCCAAGUUAUAUGGCGAACACGCAAUCAUCAAGGGCGAAAGUACGGUCCCACAGUGCGCCAAAGCAGCGGCCGGCCGAUUGUCAUUCGGUUUAUGAGAGGCAGUAUUCAAGUGUAACGAGGCGACGCCCAUCAAUAGAAGGGCGAAAUGUCCCGAGAGCCGUCAGGAUGCAACGGUCAUCUUCGAACACUGGUGUGGGCGCUCAAAACUAUCACUACCCGUGGUCGGUCAAGCUCGACAAGUCGACCGUUUCACUCGUCGGAAGCGAGUGCGGGUCAACGAGUACCGUGCUGACAAAUGUUAACUACUGCCAAUCCCUCGUUGGAUUUGAUACUCAUUAUCGAAACGAAUACUAGAAGAUCUUUUACACUUGAAAGGUCCUUUGUCCAUUUUAUUUUUACGUGAAUAUUUAGUGUGGAUUGUUUUCCUUUUACUUUUACAAAUUGUAUCAUUUUGUUCGAGAUUAAUCUCAGUGAUUGGAAAUGUAUUAAAACCUAUAUUGAGUUGUAUCGAAGUUAA